GGCUGUGUUCCCUUCAAUCGACAUUUAAGAAGUUGUUGGAGGGAGACUGUAAAAGAAAAGAGAAGAAGAGAGCGUCGAAAGUUCACCGACAUGGAUUUUACGCGUUUAUUGUCGCUUUUGUUAAUAGUUUGCUGCGUUUCUGCCGUAGAUGUUCCAGCUAAAGGACGAGGGUUCAUCGGGGUUAAAGACCCCAAAGACUCAGGACUGGUGGUCGUGGACAAAACGACCGCUGAAGUCCUGAAGAGCAACCUCACCACCGUCUUCAUCCCCAUCAUGUACAUCAUCGUCUUCGCUGUGGGACUCCCCGCCAACGGCAUGGCCAUCUGGGUGUUCCUCUUCAGGACAAAGAAGAAGCACCCAUCGACAAUCUACAUGGCUAACUUAGCACUAGCCGACCUCUGUUUUGUCAUUUGGACACCGCUUAAAAUCGCCUACCACUUCAACGGGAACAACUGGACGUAUGGCGAGCCGCUGUGCAAAGUCUUGGUGAGCUUCUUCUACGGGAACAUGUACUGCUCAGUUCUUUUUAUUACCUGCCUUAGCGUGCAGAGAUACUGGGUGGUGGCUCAUCCGCUGUCCCAACAGAGGAAGAACAACAAAGUGGCGAUAGGUGUCUGCGUUGCCAUUUGGGCUUUUAUUUGGCUCACAACAACGCCGCUGUACCUGUACGACCACACAGCCAGGCUCAAAGACCCCAACAUCACCACCUGCCAUGAUGUCAACAUCAUUGAUGACCCUUUGAACCCGUUCCCCUCCGUGCAGCUGCCCUAUUACUACUUCAUCUUCAUGGGGAUGGUCGUGUUCCUCGUCCCAUGUGUGAUUAUCGUGGUGGCAUAUAUUUUGUUGCUCAAAGCGCUGGGGAGCAGCAUGGACGACAGCGCAGCAGGAAAGAACCGCCAAAGAGCUGUGGUGUUGAUCGUGACUGUCCUGGUGACCUUCCUGGUGUGCUUCAUCCCCAGUAACACCAUGCUGAUCGUGCAUUACUCCCUCCUCAAAGACGGCUUCAAAAACAACGGCUACGGCUUCUACAUCUCCACGUUAUGCCUGGCUAGUCUUAACAGCUGCCUGGACCCGUUCAUUUACUACUUUGUGUCGGAGGACUUCAGGGAUCACGUGAAAAACACGCUGCUGUGCAGGAGCAGCAGGACUGUGGAGAGGAUGAGGGUCUCCUUCAGCUCUAUGAAAUAUUCCAGGAAGAGCAAGUCAUACGUGUCAGAAAGCGGGACCACGCAGAGCAGCAGCUGCUAGGCCAAUAAAGGAGAGUAGAGACUCUAUCAUGCCUGUCUGUGCUUGUUCAGUUGUUUACUGAAAACGGCAGUGCACGGACCCUGUGGCCCUGCAGCACAGUAGAAAGGUCUGUUAUCAUGGACAUGACACCUACCAGGCACAGCAGGGGAACCUCAGUGAACGUUAAAGGACUAUUUUGGUAUUUUUAAGCCCGGGUCCUGUUUUAUACAAAUGUUGGAGUUAAUGUUUUAUCAGUGGGAAGCAUAUUCUUGUCCAGUCAAAGUGCAUCCACUAAAAGUGCUUGUGCUUCCCAUUAACAAGCUCUGACUGCUAGAUUGAUAAGAAGAUCCUUAGGAGAAAGGCAGCUUCAUUUAAGAAACAAAUGUCCUUUUUAAAAGCCAGAAACAGCAUGAAGAUCCAUUUUCAAAGCCAUCAAACUCCAUUGGCCAAAAUGGUAGUUUUCCCCACAUGACGUUAAAGCUGAAUAAACAUUUAAAUGCAGAAAUAAGGAGAGAGCAAUAGGUGAUGUCACAUCACAGCAGGAAGUGAUUUCUGCAUAGAGAAGCUCUAUCAAAAUGCCAAAGUUUUUAAAUUGUUUGUGGCUCUGGCAGCUGCUCAAAUUGCAAAAAAUCAGAGCCACUGUUGAGUCCUGAAAGUAGUCACAGCAAAAAGUUAGAAAGGUCAUAAAGAAAAUGCAGAAAAGCUUCCAUAUGAAGUCUUGAAGGGCCGAGUCAGUUUCCUGGUUAGUUUCAGGACAUUUUAUACCUGAUCUUGCUUGUGCGGCCAUCCAGUCUUUCUCAUUAAGAUGGUCAAUCCAUCUCUUUUUAGACCUCCAGAUAAUUUGGCUCAACUCAGUCAUUCGAGCCAGUCAUUUAUUUUUCAUUUGGUAUCAAUUUUUCUUUUUUAAAUGUGAAAUUAAUAACAAAAAUGGGAAAAUGGCUCUCAAACGGGAGCCAGCUCCUGUGAUUUAUUUGGCAGAACAAGCCCCCUUAUGAAUGGCCCAUCAUUACUCACUUCCCCCACAAGGUUUAGCUGUGCAAUACUAAUAACAGAGUUUCAAGUAAGAGCAUGUAUGACUAAAAGAGGGAGAAAAGCUGUCAAAAAUGUACAGCUAGACUCUUUUUUCCCUUAACCUGAAUUGGUGUUUAGAAAGAGGUCAACAGGAUGAAGUAAUAUAUGAUAUCAGUCACCUCCACAUCAGGGAGAUCCAUUAACUUGUGGAAAAAAUCACUUUUUUGCAUAGUUUAGAGGUCAAACACAUUGUAGAUGUUAACUGCAGCAUGCAGGUCCAUCUAGAGCAUGGAUGGGCAACUUUGGUGCUAUAUCUUUUUUAUUUUUACAACAAAUUUUAAUUAUUCAUAAUUCAGUAUAAGGAAAACAUAGCUUUCAGCACAAUCUACUGUAUGAUUUAUAUUUCUAAAUGCAAAUGCAUCAGCCUAUCAUAGAGGUCAAGCCAAUUUAGAAUGCCUUUGAAUGCACUGACCAAGAUAUUUACUGGUUGUCUUGGUGUAUUUCUACCUUUUUUAUAACAAUGGAUUUAAUGAUGCACAUUUAAGAUUUUUAUGGCAGUAAUUUCAGCCAAUCAUAUAUCUAAUUUUGUCUUAAGAAACUGACAUGUAUGGGGAAUCAAAUAUAUUUUUUCCAGUUUUAAUGUCUUCAUUUCAGAUUUUAUGAUGCUGCCACCUUUCGACUUUUGUGCGUCAUCUGGCUCACAUGACAAGGAACAACCUUUAGAGAAAGAGGAAUUUCCUUUACAUGAAUAGUAAAAUGACUAUUUUCGUCAAUGGAGUAUGACGCCUUUGAGAAGGGAGCAAUGAAACAGCUGUUUCUGGUUGGACGAAGUUCCUGCUACCUUAUCUAAAAGGGACUUUCUCUGUCAAAUCAAGUAUCUAUAAGGCAUUUAGUCCCCUGGUACUUUUAGAUAGAAUAGGUCCUGGGUUUAAUGAUACCAGUACUCCCCUUUAAAUGUGAAGAUUGAUGUGCUGGGAUGAGAGCGGAGUACAUUUUCAGAUGUGUAUAACUUUAUCAUUAACUGUGUUUAAGUGUUAUAUGUGAAACAUAAAUGCAUAUUUAGAAUUUUUAUAUUAACAUGUAUAAACGGAAAGACAGCCAGAGAAAUAUUUAACUUCAGUCUCCUUUUCUACUCACCGUAAAACCUCUAAAAACCUGGCCUUUUAUUUCAUUUAGUUUUAUGAUAUGGCCCUGCCUGAAUUUGGGACAGCUGACAAUGUAAGAUGGGCCUUCAGUGAUUUUUUUUUUUUCUUUCCAAAGAAAACCUAUGCACACCAAAGAUGGGAAAGACUUCAAAAUCAGUGGUGCUAGACCAGAGAGAAAUUUAACUCUGUAUAAAAGUUAAAUAUGUAUCUGCUGAACUAUUUCAUCACUUAUGGUUCUUUUCCACCAUGUGGUACCGACUUGACUCGACACCAUCGUUUCCAAGUGAGCAGAGCUGAUACUAAAAUGUGACAUCCAGAUAUUUUCAUCGUCACUGGGAGCUUCAUGACUGGGAUGUCUGAGACGGGAAUCAAACCCCUAUCCUUUGUUAAAUCCACACUGCUGUGCAACUUCCCGAAUUCUCUCAUACUUUCCAAUCAUAUUUUGUCUUCUUACCUGCAGCUCUCAGUGGAAAAAAAUCUUCUUGCCAGGUACCAGCUACACCAUCACCUCAAGCCUGUUUUAAUUUAUUCUAUACGCACAUAGAAACGCACAUAGCCUUCAUGUACCUCCUUGAAAAUGUAACUGUGCUGAAAGGACGCAGACCUUAAACCCUCAGAUUGAUCUGCUGGGUAGCAUUUGUGGUACUGUUGGUGUUCAGGUGGCGUCUACAGCAGGAGUUAUCAACUACUUGGCUCUUGUCUUGAUGUUUACGCUUGUCUAUCUAUGGAUCUGAUACCAAAAUGCUGUGAUGUGAUUGGUUAAAAGCAUGCAGGGUUAUCUGGCAGGAACAAAAUGCAUAUUAAGUGGAAAGCUGCAGAUUUAAUCAGGUCUGGAUUGCUGAGUAGUUGUUUAUCAUGCAUCAUAUUUCUUUAUAAUGGCUGACAAGUGGAGUUUUAUAAAAGGGACCAAAUGUAGAGUCAUUCUAGCCAAAUCUAUCAGUAAAAGUGAUGUUAUUCUGGGGUUGAUUUAUUAGCUGUGAAAUUCAAAAGACAAAGGUUACUCUAAAUACAACUACAUCUUUAUCCUCUGCACUUUUUCUGAAUUUGUCAUCUUUUGGGUGCCAGAUAGGAAGCUAUCAGGAUCCCCUGUUGAGAUCAAUGGAUGCAUGAUAGUGGAUUUUUGUUAUAUCUGAUAUACUGAUUUUUGCAAAUAUAUUUUUAAGCUACAAUAUAUAAAUGCUCCUAGUUCUGGCCUAAAAUUCCAGUCCUUAAAACACACUAAAAUUUAAGGAAUGAGGAUUAACAAAGAAAAAGACUUGACCUAGCAUUGAUCUGUAAGUCCAGCCUAAAAGUCUGCAAACUUAUUUUUGCAUAUUUUGAUGCUACACUUGAAACAUCAGUUGCAAAUGAUAAUAUCAUGGCUAUUAUAUUGUGCAUCCCUAGUUUCCUGGACACACAUAAGCCGAUAAUGUGGCAACAGGAACUGGCGUAUAAAUCUCACUUUUAGGUAGAGUUUUUUGCAGAGUAUUGCAAAGUAAUGCAGAAGCAUAAACCCAGCCUCAGUGCCCUCCAUUAUUGUUGCAUUUGAGAGGGACUAUCAAAAUAUUAACUUUAAUGGAAGCAAAGUUUUUCUAUGUAGAGUCGAGCAGAUUCAAGUCGAGACAUUACCACUCACGGAAAGUCACCAUGAAUGUCUGGAGGCCUCAAAAUGAGCUCAGCCUUUAUUUGUCAAAACACCCAGAUAACUCCAGGCUAGUAAAAGGGACUGGGCUUUAAAUUGGGAUGGACUUUUAUUUAAAGUUUUACCGUAAAUUUGUUUUGUCUUAAUAUUUUUAACCGACUGCCUUCCUGCACUGAGGACUAUUUAAAGCAAAUUGCAUCUGUAAUAAAAGAACCAAAUGAUGGAGAGAUGAAACGAGAUCACAUGACGUUCUGACUUUAUUGAUGUUGUUUUAAUCAAAUCUGUUCAGAAAGGCUGUUUUUAAUAUUCAUUCUGCAUUUUAACAGCAAACAAGUUUUAACCUGUCAUUUUAAACCGUAUGUAUUCAGUUUGUGAAG